AGUAUUUUAUUCUGGCAACCAGUUUUCAACAAGGCCAGGUAUGAGUCCAAAAGGAGCAUGACGUUGGAAUGUUCAGAAAAUGUGUAUUACUUGAAAUUAAGAACGAGCAUGAUACACACAUGAUCUGUACUGAACACAUGUUCUGAAAAAUACCGGGAAGACAAUCCUAAAGAAAGCUUCGCAGGUUUACUGAAGGAAAACUUACUGAAGAAUCUCAAAUACAAGACGCUAUAACUCUAUUUCCAGACGCACAAAUAAAUUAGUCAUGGCUAAUUUUGUAGAAAGAAAACCCUUCAACAUCAUGGGGAUGUUCGAUGGUCUUGAAGACUAUUUGAACACUGGAGAUCCCGUAGUGAGAGAAUGGUUUUUGGUGAAAAGCAACUUUUGGCCGAUAUUUCUCUGUGGCAUGUACCUCAUGACCAUCAAGAUUAUAGGACCCUCCUUCAUGAGAGACAGGAAACCUUUCGAACUCAGAAAUACGAUGAUUGUCUACAAUCUCUUCUUAGUAGCAACCUACUUUACAUGUGUCUCUAUAGUACUUUACGGAAUGACUAAAACUGAUCCAAUGGACUUGUGCAAAAACACGAUGGUCAGAAAAAACGAUAUAACAUAUAUUAUGGCAUCAUGUGGCUGGGUAAUCUACAUGUUAAAAUACAUCGAGUUCCUUGAUACGAUCUUUUUCUUAUUGAGAAAAAAAGAUAAUCUAAUUACAAAUCUUCAUGUCAUUCAUCAUGCCGUUCUUCCACUUUGCGGAUGGAUUUUUUUCAGAACAGAACGAAGUGGUUUCCAAGCAUUCCCCAUCAUUAUAAAUUCAGUUAUUCACAUCGUUAUGUACAGUUAUUAUGGCUUGGCUGCUAUGGGUCCAAAUGUCAGAAAGUACCUCUGGUGGAAGAGAUAUCUUACAAUCGCUCAAAUGGUCCAAUUCAUAUUGAUCAUCUUCUUCGUCUCCGUUGUAAUGCCGCUAACAGGAUGUUCUGCUGCCAAAACCAGCGUGUACAUCAAUGUCGUGGCAGCCGCUUUGUUUUUCGUCAUGUUCUAUAACUUCUACAAAACUUCAUUUUCACCACAGAAGAAGCAAACAGAAGUGUGCGAAAAAUCCAGCAGUGCACCAAAAAAAGUAGAAAACGAGAAUGGACACCAGAACGGCUACACAAACGGAGAUGCUGUCACUAACGGACAAUCCAAAGUUAAAUGCAACUGAUGUGAUUUCGUAAUAUGGAUGAACAUCCAUAAUCAUUCCAAUCUGUGCAGUUUUAUGUUUAUUUUUAUACUUUUUUUUGCCGAAUGCCAGCAUGAGUUAGAGACUAUUGACUGUGCUUUUGUUGAAUGAGGAAUAACAAAUAUCUCAUUAAUCCGAGCUAAUUUGGAUUCAGAUUAUAUGGUAUCCUUUUCUCCAUUAUUGACUACUAAUGUGUAAGAUACCCAAGUAGCACAGCUUGUGAAACAAUAUUGUACAAUAUUGUGCGAUAUUGUAUUAUAUUUUUCAAUAUUAUACGAUAUUGUGAAAUUUUUUAAAUAUUAUACAAUAUUGUGCGAUAUUAUAUUAUAUUUUUCAAUAUUAUACGAUAUUGUGAAAUUUUUUAAAUAUUAUACAAUAUUGUACAACAUACGUGUGUUACUAGGGUAUGAUAUAAAUAUUCAAAUUCUAAAAAUUUUAUUUGUCACAUUAAUACAAGAAUAUAAUAAGAAAGCAACGAUUGAAAAUUUUUGGAAUGUGUGUGAUUACAUAUAUUUCAAUUAUUUUUCAACGUUGACUUCAUAUUCGUGGUUCGAUUUGACCAAAUCUUUGGUGCAUCUUCUUAUAAUUUAUAUCAAUUGUGGAUUUGAAAGUAGACAAUAGAUAUUGCAAUUACAACAAGAAAAAAGAUCUUAGUUUAAUUUUUCAAGGAUAAGUUCAGCGAAUAAAAAGAAAUUGCUUUCAAGAUUCCUUUGCAUCUAAAUGACUCUUUGGCAACAUAAAUUGUUUAUGUUAGAAACAGUCAAAAUUCGGUCUUGAAAAUAUUUUUCGGCCCCUAACUUUUAAGGUAUUGCAUUUAUCUAAAAAUUUUAAAUACAAAAGUUCUCCGUCUUAAUGAGGCACUAAUUGGGAUUAAUUUUUCUAUCUUCAGUAUUAAGAAAGUUAUAGUGAAAUGAAAAUUUCACCCCCUCCCACCAUUUACACCCUCUUUGAUGUAGAUGGAGCAUUUAUGAAUUCGUCCGAGAUUUUUACAUUUCUAACAACAUAUUCCUAACCAGUUAAAAUCCAAAUUAUUAAAAAAAAUUAUAAAAUUAUUCUAGUUAUCCUGUUCAAUCUGAGCAAAACGUUAAAACGCAUAAACCUUUAAACGAAAUGUGGUUUUGAGUUCUAGGGACCAUGAUCGCUAAGGAACUGAAGAAAUUAUUUUCCCGGCAUCUUGUCAUGGGAAUCAUUGCAGUAAGUAGUAGUCUUCCUGAAAGAAUUUACUUAAUAAGAUAAACUGACUUCAAAAUUAUAAAGGUAUGGUGUGGGCGUUGAUAGGAAUAUACUAAUUUGUUUAAGUGGUUCUAAAAUGGUAAUUUGUCCGGUAGUUAUGGUGUACUUAUAAAGAAAUCUCUAUUAUGGUGCCAAAUCAAUAACGAGGAAAAGAUAAUGAAGCGGGGGAAUGAAAACAUGAAUUUUUGUAUUUAAAUAGCUGAGAUUAAAUAUUAUGAAAUUUCGUUUUCAGAUACAGAUAUUUUUGCUUCUGGGACACAAGGCUUCCACUUCUUACAGUUGUAUGUGAUUUCAGAAUAACAAUGUUCGGAUUAAUGAGAUAUUUAUACUGAAGUCAAUUUUUUUUUAAAUGUUUGAACUUGUGAAUGAUAAUAUAGUUAUCAAGCAUUGAACUUUAUCUGUUGAAAUUAAUCACCUUCAGUUCAAACUCCACAAUAAUGCAUCUUGAAGUGAAUUUUUUCAAUGGAUUAAGUUGUAAAAGUUGUUGGAUUUGUUAUGACACAUUUGCUUUAGUUCUGUAACUUUGAUUGCGUUUUAUUUUUGUUUUACGAUGGAAUUGUUUUUAGUCAGUGACACUUGUAUUACUUUUUUUGUAUUUUUUUUUUGUAAUUUUUUUUUUUGUAACUUGUGUUUGGAAAAGCAUUCUGUGAAUGUUCCGGACGAGCAUCGAGCUCCUCCGACUUUUUUUUGUAAUUUUUGACUUUUAAUUUAAUUCAAUACUGUUUUCCUUUUUGUUAACGCUGUUACCUCAGUAUUUUGUACGAGUAAUCCAAGAAAUAAAUGUAUCCUUUCUUUUUUUA